UUGCUCUCUCCCUCCCUCCCUCCUUCCCUUUGCAUGUGUUCAGCUGCUCCAGCUGUCGGUCUCCCCACUCACUCUCUCAGGGUCAUACAGGCAAGAGUUUAAGGGACCACUUCUGUACGCCAGCUCAGCCGGGACGACCACAGCCAGCAGCAGCAGCAGGACACACUGGUCAGAGGGGAGGCCGAGAGACAGAAGACUCAUCCGAAAAGAUUCAACUGUACCACUUCUUGGCUGCUCUGCACAUCACAAAGUCUGCAGCCUCUCUCAUCUUUGAAGAAGCGCUACCUGGCUGAUACCUGUGUGUGCGUGUGUGGUGUGUGUGUGUGUGUGUGUGUGUGCGUGUGUGGUUGUGUGUAUGUGUGUGUAUGUGUGUGUAUGCAUGCGUGUUUGUGUGGAUGUUUUACGUGUGUCCUGUCUCCCAUAAAUUAGUGUAUUAGUAUGCAGGGCGCUUGUGUGUCAAUCUUGUGCGUGUGCAUAUGUGUGUCUGUGCUCCUCCGCAGUGCUAUUUCACAGCCGCCUACAGAAAGUGACACCUACACGGAAUGCACAGAUGGGUAUCACUGGGACCCUCAGACUGAGCACUGCAAAGACAUAAAUGAGUGUGAGACUAUUCCAGAUGCCUGCAAAGGGGAAAUGAAGUGUUUCAACCACUACGGAGGGUACCUGUGCCUUCCCCGCUCUGCGUCAGUCAUCCCAGCCCCAGAGCCCGCUAUCACACCCACUGUGACCAACCCCUGCCCUUUGGGCUACGAGCCACAGGGAGACAGCUGCGUGGACAUCGAUGAGUGUGAAAGAGACGAACAUGACUGCCAGCCCAGCCAGCAUUGCAUCAACGCACUGGGUGCCUUUACCUGUCAGUGUCCGGAUGGAUAUCGCAAGGUUGGCACAGAAUGCAUUGACAUUGAUGAGUGCAGGUACAGAUACUGCCAACAUCGCUGUGUCAAUGUUCCCGGCUCCUUCUCCUGUCAGUGUGAACCUGGUUUCCAGCUGGCAGGAAACAACCGAUCUUGCAUCGAUGUGAAUGAAUGUGAGAUGGGUGCCCCCUGCUCUCAGAGGUGUUACAACACAUACGGCACCUUCCUUUGUCGCUGUGACCAGGGCUACGAGCUGGGACCUGAUGGCUUUGCCUGUAAUGACAUCGAUGAGUGCAGCUACUCCAGUUACCUGUGCCAGUACCAGUGUGUCAACGAACCAGGGAAGUUCUCCUGUGUGUGCCCCGAAGGAUACCAGCUGCAAGGCACCAGACUAUGCCAGGAUAUAAAUGAAUGUGAAACAGGAGAGCAUCAGUGUACUGACACACAGACAUGUGUGAAUAUCCAUGGACGAUACCAGUGUGUGGACACAAACCGGUGCCAAGACCCUUAUGUACAAGUGUCUGAGAACCGCUGUGUGUGUCCCGUCAACAAACCCCUGUGUCGAGAUCUGCCUUUCUCCAUCGUCCACCGUUACAUGAGCAUCACCUCAGAGCGCUCCGUCCCCUCAGACAUCUUCCAGAUUCAGGCCACCAGCGUCUCUCCGGGGGCUUACAACACCUUCCGCAUCCGCUCCGGUGAUGAAAACGGAGACUUCUACAUCAGGCAAAUCAAUAAUAUCAGUGCCAUGCUGGUGCUGGCCCGCGCUGUCUCGGGACCCAGAGAGUACACGUUGGACCUGGAGAUGGUGUCAGUUAACCCUCUGCUCAGCUACCAGGGCAGCUACCAGACCAGCUCCGCCCUCAGACUCUCCAUCUACGUCGGGCCGUACACCUUUUAAAGAAGUUAAAAGAAGAAGAAGAGUAAGAAAGAGUUGGGGAGAAGCACAGGUGGAAAGAGGAAAAAUGAAGCUGUAAAACAAAAGUGGUCGAUGCAGUUCAACCAGUCACUGUGAUGUUACACUCUUAGCUUUUUGUCCAAAGAAACCCACACAUUUCUGUCAGCCCACCAUAUUACACGUAAGAAUAUUCAUAUAAACACAUUAGUGCCUCACAGAUAAAUAACAACUAGUCAAAUUUGUUCCCGUGUAUUUAAUGUGCCAGUUUACCUGUUUCUUAGGAUAUCAUAUUAUUUUGUACUUAACAUCUAUCUGACAGCAUCAUUCUGUGGUCAAUGUGUAUUUUUAUUUUUUAAAAAAGGAUUUUACUCAAGAUUUCUUUCCCUCUCAUCUGUUCAUGGUGAUAACAAAUCUGUGGGGCUUAUUUUCUGUCUGCCUUCAGGUGGAGUGAUUCACGCCCAGCGUGACUGACUAAUCUCUUUCUAGCAGUUUACAUUCUUAUCGUCAGCUCUGCUCUGUUUGUCACUUUAUUCUUGUCAGCCCUGUUUCCUGUUGACAGAUGUGAUUCAGUAACCACUCAGAUCAGACCUCAGCAUCCAGGCUCCUCCUUCACCCUCCACUGUUCAUUCCUAUGUUCAAGCUCUCCCUCACUGCUUUUUGUAGGUUUGUCACAUUGCUGAUUGUGUUGUACUUUGUUUUUUUUGUUGUUUUUUUUUGUCUGAGAUUUAAGCCCAAAUUAAACAACAUACCUUUUC